UAAACAUCUAUGGGCUGGGGAGAUUCUGUAUGGGAUAUUCAGUCUUUACAUAAUUUUGUUAAUAUACUUGUUAGAGUUUACUGCUAAACUUUCAAUGCUUGUUAUACUACUCUUAUAAAAUAUAGCAUCCAAUAAACUGAUUUAGUACAUAGAAAUUGAACUAUUUUAUAUUAGAAAGAAAAUGAACUAUUUAAAAUACAUUUUAUCUCUAAGCCAAUGAUUAUUGUAUGAACGUACACUAUUUUUUCCGAUAAGUAACAAUGUGAGUACGUAACACAUCUAAAGUACAUAGAAAUGCCCACUCUCCAUAGUUACAAAGAAUAAAAGGUUUCUAGAUGUUUAUAAAUGAUAGACUCUGAUAGAGUAUAUCUAGAGAGAAGUGAGAGCUAGAGAGAGAAGUGCAAUAAUAUGUUUCAAUAGAAUGAAUUUGUAACCCCUAUAACUACUCCCAAAGGGAGUAUUUAUAGAGAAAAUACGGGCUGGGCUCCCAAGCCUUGGGCUUGGGAGGCCCAUUUACAACUGGACCGCUACUGGGCCGAAUACAAAGCCACUAAUGGGCUGUACAAAUGAGUAAGUGUAAAAUCCGGUUCUGGGAGGUCUUCGUGGCCGACGAGGGCGUGGCCGACGAGGGCACGGCCGACGAGGGCACCCGAGUUCCUUGGGCUCAGGACCAUAAUCUGAGUUGGCCCCUUUUCGGCCGGCGGGGGCGUCUUAGCCGACGAGGGCGUCACUCUGUGUCUUGUGCUUUCUGUUCUUCCGAGUAUGUGGGUCCGGGGGCUCAGACCCAUAUACUCCAUCAGGAGUCCCCCACUCUCUAAGCUGAGACGUAGACGAAGUGAAGGAGAGUAGAUUCCUGUGCUUUAGUGCUUUUGGCCGAUGCGGGCACUCCCAGGCCGUCCGCUGUUGCGGCAUUGGUGCUGUUUCCAUUUUGGUGAUCCUGUUCUGUGCCUUGGCCGUUAUCUGCUCCUUGCUGUGGGCGGGGAGGCCGUUGUUUCCUUGAUGUGUUCGUUUGGGGACGACAAGUGUCCUGCUUCAAUGGUGGCCGUUGAAGGCACGCUUUCCCUUUCCUGGACGUUGAUGGUUGAAGUUUAUGUUUGGGCCGAUGAGGCCACUGACGUUGAACCUUGCUUUUGAGGACGAUGGCGUCCUUUCCUUUGGGUGGCCGGUGAGGGUGUUUGCGCACUCCUUUUGGCCGUCGCUGUUUGGCCUUCGUGUUCUUGGCCGAAGCACCCGUCAUGAUUAACUGUUGGCGGAGGACGACGAGUGUCCUUGCCUUCAGUGGCUUGCUGGCCGUUGUUGAUGAUGUUAUGUGCCUCUGAACGAUGAGGAGCCGUUGUGAUGCGUGGACGAUGUGGCCAUGCUUUGUGGUUACGUUCAUAUUCUUUGUAUUGUUCCUUUCUGUUUUGUUGAGGCCGAUGUAGUCCCUCAGUCCCCCACUGCUUCAGGUCGAAGAGUGUGAGGGGUGAAGGAGUUGCUUGAGUCCCUAGCUGAAGCGGCCUCUCCGUAGUCCCCCUGAAUCCAACCCUCAUGGCGAUUUUCUGGCCAAGGUAACCCUGUGGGAGAACCCUUGUGCGCAGAUCGCUUGUAGAGAGUUAUCAUCAAGGGUCAUUACGAGGAGCCGAUGGCUGUGGGCUCUUUGUUCCUUUUGUUCUGUGGCCGUUACGGGCAUUCAUUACGUUCCUGGCCGUUGUCGUCUCCUUAUUGUUGGCGUUUGUGAACCUGGCAAGCAAAUAGGACGUUAUGAGCGCUUCCUGGCCGUAGAGUCUGUUUUGCCAGUGGGCUGUUGACAUGUAGUUUGGCCCGUUGGUGACGUGGUGGCCUCCCAUUGGUGGCCGCUGAUGUGGCCAUUGGGAGGGUGCCACGUGUAGUGACCGUUGGGUGGGGGGUUCUAUAAAUACCCCUCCCCCUCCGACGAGAAAACGUAUUUGCAUUCUGAAUUGUCGAAGUGCUGGCCAAUUUUCUAGAGAGAUAAACUCCCAAGCUUGUUCUUCGUGUUCUUCGUGUUCAAGGUUAGUGUUCAUCGCAAUCUUCCUCACUUUUCAUACUUUGCUUCCUAGGCUAGUGAUCUAGUGUUAGGCGUUUGAACACCCUUAGAUCCUAAGUUAAUCUCCUUAGGCCCGUAGUAGUAGUUAUGAAGAGCUUGAACGAAGACUACUACCCGUACGACGACCAGCCCUCCACUAGGUCACUCGACUAUGAGGUGCUCGAGGAGUUCGAGGAGGAGAUACAACACCUAAGUCCCUACAAAUCCGAAGAGCUGGUGGACGACGAGGUCGAGGACGAGGAGUCCGCCUCAUCUUCAAAAGGUGAGGAUGCAGCUGCGUCCCGAGUGGUGGACGGGGCGUCCACUUCAGCUGUUAUUCCGUGCCCGAGGCCGGUGUCCACCGUUAAGGGAGCCGGCAAGCCGAAAAGAGUGAGGAGGCCGAAGAGUGGGUCGGGCAUCUCCUACCUAGAUCUCACAAACAUCUUUUUUUUUUGGAUAAAAUCACAAACAUCUUCUUGAUCAAGCCGGAGAGCAGCGCGGCCGACUACCUUGUUGCCCAGAUGUACGUGGGGCCGUACGGGCGGGUUAGGGCACCCAGGCCGAUGGACCAUGUUCUUCUUCCGCCCCCGGGAUACUUUGGAGUAUACCCGAUGAGUUUUUCCAAGGGGCUGAGGUUCCCCCUUCACCCCUUCAUCACUGAAUACCUAGAUAUGGUAGGGCUCCCUCCGGCCUUGCUGACGCCGAACAGCUAUUCUUUGAUGGUGGGGUUUGUGCUCCGGUGUGAGGAGCUGGGCUACAGGCCGACGACGGCCCUUUUCAUGAAUCUGUAUCAGAUCAGCCGAGGAAGCCACAAAAACUGUGCGGCCUAUGCUACUCUUCAACAGCUGCCGAAGAAGAGGAGCUUCACGGACUUGCCUACGUCCAUUCAUGGGUGGAAGAGCAAGUUCGUUUUUGUGUCCCUUGGUGAGAGUGGCACCGAGUUUCCCUCCCUCGGCCAUACCGGGAGGUUUAAUCUGCAUGACCCGCCGAAGAGCUCUAUUUAGGACGCUCAGGUGGAGGCUUUCUUGGAAGGGGGGCCGAGGAGCGUGAAGGAUUACAUCACUGAAUACAAGAUGGCCGCCCUCGGCUUCAUGAGAUACCAUGUGUAUGGUGAUAAGGAGGAUGAUAUCCAACUCUGGCCGAGGAUGACCACCACCUUUGAAGAGGCCGACGGCCCGGAUUUGGGCAUUCCUGCUGAGGCCGAUGAUUUUGUCAUGGACCGUCGCUCCAUCAUGGCUAUAGCAAAGGCCAAGGCGGCCGAGGAGUUGGCCGCAAAGGCGGCCGAGACGGCCAGACGUGCCGCGGCCGAGGGAGGCGGUGCUACUGCUGGUGCGGCCCCAAAGCUUGCCCAAUCGAAGAACAAGAGGCCGGCCACUGACGGCCAGAAAAAAUUGACUGAAGCCGGCCUGAACGUCGCCAAGAAGACGAAGAGGGCACCGUCUCCUUCUCCGGCUACCGAGGCCGGUACUCUGACUGUCCCGAGUGUGGACGAUAGUGGUCCCCUCGUGGACCUUACUGCUGCUCCGAGUGAUGCCGCCCAAUCGCUCCCUAUCGUCCAAGAGCCACGGACGAGGAGGGCUGGCAAGGAGGUCGCCGCUGCCACCUACCAGAAGGUGGUGGAAUACCCCAUCGGCGGGGGUGUGUUUGACGAUGCCGUCCUCGGCCAUGAUGUGCUGGCACAGGCCAUGCCGGCCAAAGAUCGGGCUUACCUCAAGAAGCUCGGGGACGUGAAGGUGUACGAGGGUGGCAUGGACCUCCUCGUCCAAAGUGCCUUUAUGCUCAUGGAGAGCCAUAAGAGGCAGUACCGGGAGAUAGCUCGUUUGAAAGAGCUGGAGCAGAAGGCUGCCUCGGCCGACGAGGCGGUAGCUUGCCUGGAUCGGCUCCGGGAGGAUGCCAAGGCAUUGCAGCAGAGGGCCGAUGAAGCCGCUGCAGCCAGGGACGAUGCCCUGGCCAAGCUCGAGGAGACCCAAAGGGCGCUGGAGACCGAGCGGCGCAAGAACGAGGAAGCCGUAAAGGCGAGAGCUGAGGCCGAGGCUGCCGCUGUGCAGGCUGCUGAUAAGGCCGUAGAGCAGUUCCUGGCCGAAGGGUGGAAGGCCGAUGAGAGGCUCCCCUGGUGCUAUGAAGUGGUGGCCGCCAGGCUUGAAAAUUGGGGGAUGAACUCCCCCGCCGGCCAGGAGUAUUUCAGUAGGGAGAUGGCCGUCUAUUAUAACAUGGGCCAGGAGCGGAUGCAGAGGCUCCUGUGUCGGCGGCUGUCUCGGGCUCUGAAGGCCAUGAAUUACACGUCCGGGUGGGCCAGACGGAACUUGAAGCUGCCAAAGCUGAUGAAGGAUCCAGAAGAGCAAGCCAAGCUUCCUCUGUCGGAGCGGGAGUCCCCCAUUGAGAGCUCCGGCCUCGGCGAGCCGGAUUACACAGAGUUCGAUUUCCUGGACGAUGCCACCAGUGCUGCAGCCGCCGCCGGCCAAGAGACUGAGGCCGAGGAGGGAGCCGACGAGGUCGAAGAGCCAGCCGCGGAUGGAGGUGCCCAAGAGGCUUGAUCGGCUACUCCCUGCUCCUUUGUAAUUAGCUUUUCAUUUUUUGCCAAACUGAUGUAAUGGCCGAAGCGCCCCCAAUUGUAAUGAACUGACUAUGAAUGAAAAAUUAUUGCCGU